GGCGGCGGAGGAGGAGGCGGCGGCUCCUCCCGCUGGCUGCCGCCCGCUUGCUCUCUCGCUCGCUCGGUGGAUCCGGGGGCCGGACGGAGACGGAGAGAGGAUACCACAGGAAGGCCUGGAAGAAGAAAAAUGACUUCUGAAACCUUUUGUUUGGCUGCCCAGGCUAGGUUCGACUCCAAAUGGCUGAAAACCGAUUUACAGCUCGCUUUCACAAGAGAUGGACUCUGUGGCCUGUGGAAUGAGAUGGUCAAAGAUGGAGAAAUCGUAUACACUGGUGCAGAAUUAGCACAAAACGGAGAACCGCCUCCUAGGAAAGACGACAGCACCGAUUGCCCAAGUGGAACGAAGAAAGAAGAUCCGAAUGACAAAGAGAAGAAGGAGGAAGAGGAGAUCCCUGUGCCUACAUACCGCGCCAAAUCCAUCGUGGAGAGUUGGGUCUGGGGCAAACAACCAGAUGUGAACGAGUUGAAAGAGUGCCUCUCCGUACUGGUGAAAGAGCAGCAGACGUUAGCCGCCCAGACGGCCACGACGACUCUUUCGGCUCAGCGGCUGAAGCAGAGGCUGGUCAUCUUGGAACGUUACUUUAUUGCACUCAAUAGAACCGUCCUUCACGAGAACGUCAAGGUCAAGUGGAAAAGCAGUAACAUUUCUUUGCCUGCUGUCGACAAAAAAAGCUCACGACCUACAGGCAAAGGCGUGGAAGGACUCGCCAGAGUGGGAUCCCGCGCAGCCCUUUCUUUCGCGUUUGCAUUUCUACGGAGAGCCUGGCGGUCAGGUGAGGAUGCAGACCUCUGCAGUGAACUGUUACAGGAAUCCCUCGACGCGUUGCGAGCCCUGCCGGAAGCUUCUCUCUUUGAUGAGAGCACAGUUUCUUCAGUUUGGUUGGAAGUGGUGGAGAGAGCGACUAAAUUUCUAAGGUCUGUUGUGACCGGUGACGUGCACGGGGCUCCGAGUGCUAAAGGGUCGGGCGCUAUCCCCCUGCAAGACCAGCACCUGGCUCUAGCCAUUCUGUUGGAGUUGGCGGUGCAGAGAGGCACCCUGAGCCAAAUGCUGUCUGCCAUCAUGUUGUUGCUCCAGCUGUGGGAUAACGGAGCCAGAGAAACGGAUAAUGAGCGUUCCGCCCAGGGAACCAGUGCCCCCUUGCUCCCUCUAUUACAAAGGUUUCAAAGCAUUCUCUGUAAUCAAGAAUCGCCGAAUCCUCAAGAUGAGAUUCAGAUCCUGUCUGGCUCUCUGAGUCCCAAUGAAAGUUUUCUGAGGUACCUCACUCUGCCCCAAGACAAUGAAUUAGCCAUCGACUUGCGACAGACGGCAGUUGUGAUUAUGGCUCAUUUAGAUCGCCUGGCGACUCCCUGCAUGCCGCCUCAAUGUAGCUCGCCCAAAUCCCAUAAGGGAUCAUUACAAGAAGUCAUAGGUUGGGGCUUAAUAGGAUGGAAGUAUUAUGCAAAUGUCAUCGGACCAAUCCAGUGUGAAGGUCUCGCGAACCUUGGGGUCACCCAGAUUGCCUGUGCUGAAAAACGUUUCCUCAUCCUCUCUCGCAACGGAAGGGUGUACGUGCAGGCGUACAACAGUGAUACCCUGGGACCCCAACUCGUACAAGGUCUCGCCUCCCGAAAUAUCGUGAAAGUUGCAGCCCAUUCCGACGGUCACCAUUACCUUGCCUUGGCAGCGACAGGAGAGGUGUUCUCUUGGGGGUGUGGAGACGGCGGAAGAUUAGGCCACGGGGACACAGUGCCGCUAGAGGAACCGAAGAUGAUAUCGGCCCUCUCUGGAAAACAGGCCGGGAAACACGUAGUCCACAUUGCCUGUGGGAGCACGUACAGCGCAGCCAUCACUGCGGAGGGAGAGCUCUAUACGUGGGGCCGGGGAAACUAUGGCAGGCUGGGCCAUGGCUCCAGUGAAGAUCAGACGAUCCCAAUGUUAGUAACGGGUCUGAAAGGACUGAAGGUCAUCGACGUGUCUUGCGGCAGCGGAGACGCUCAAACUCUUGCGGUGACUGAGAACGGUCAGGUGUGGUCUUGGGGGGACGGAGACUAUGGGAAACUCGGAAGAGGAGGCAGCGACGGCUGCAAAACCCCCAAACUGAUAGAAAAACUCCAAGACCUAGAUAUUGUCAAAGUACGCUGUGGGAGUCAGUUUUCCAUUGCUCUGACGAAAGAUGGACAGGUCUAUUCCUGGGGAAAAGGUGACAAUCAGAGACUCGGACACGGAACGGAGGAGCACGUUCGCUAUCCCAAACUGCUGGAAGGUUUGCAAGGUAAAAAAGUGGUCGACGUGGCCGCUGGCUCUACCCACUGCCUAGCGCUCACGGAGGACAGUGAGGUCCACAGCUGGGGGAGCAAUGACCAGUGCCAGCAUUUCGACACGCUGCGGAUCACCAAGCCCCAGCCCUCCGCCCUGCCGGGGUUGGACACCAAGCACAUCGUGGGAAUCGCCUGUGGCCCAGCCCAGAGUUUUGCCUGGUCGUCCUGUUCAGAGUGGUCCAUCGGUUUGCGGGUUCCCUUUGUGGUGGACGUCUGCCCGAUGACCUUUGAACAGUUGGACCUUUUGCUUCGGCAAGUGAGCGAGGGGAUGGAUGGCACCUCCGAUUGGCCACCCCCCCAGGAGAAAGAAUGUGUAGCCGUGGCUACCUUGAACCUCUUGAGACUUCAGCUACACGCCGCCAUCAGUCACCAGGUUGAUCCAGAAUGCCUCGGUCUGGGGCUGGGCGGCGGCCUGCUAAAUAGCCUAAAGCAGACGGUGGUGACCCUCGCGAGUAACGCGGGGGUCCUCAACACAGUGCAGUCGGCGGCUCAGGCGGUGCUGCAGAGCGGGUGGUCCGUGCUUCUGCCGACAGCGGAGGAACGAGCGCGGGCACUCUCUGCCCUCCUACCCAGUGCAGUUUCAGGAAAUGAAAUGAACGUGAGUCCCGGUCGGCGCUUUAUGAUUGACCUGCUGGUGGGCAGCCUGAUGGCGGACGGAGGGCUGGAGUCUGCCCUGAAUGCUGCCAUCACUGCAGAAAUCCAGGAUAUUGAGGCCAAAAAAGAAGCCCAGAAAGAAAAAGAAAUUGACGAGCAGGAAGCAAACGCCUCCACACUUCACAGAAGUAGGACUCCGUUAGAUAAAGAUCUCAUUAACACAGGGAUCUAUGAAUCGGCCGGAAAACAGAGUUUGCCUCUGGUUCAGCUCAUCCAACAGCUACUUAGAAAUAUUGCCUCACAGACCAUUGCCAAAUUGAAAGACGUGGCCCGUCGAAUUUCAUCCUGCCAGGACCAGGAGCAGUACGGUCCAGAGAGAUCUGCAUCUCUCGACCUGUUACUUCGUUUUCAGCGUUUGCUCGUUAGCAAACUCUAUCCGGAGGAAGGUGUUGUUCCGUUCUCCAAUUCAUAUAGUCCUGAGUUACUAGGAGUGGGCUCCUUGCUGAAAAAAUACACCGCCCUGUUGUGUACGCACAUAGGCGACACUCUCCCCGUGGCCACCAGCAUCGCCUCGACUAGCUAUAGGCACUUUGCCGAAGUAUCCCGGGUUGUGGAUGGAGAUUUAACAGGCGUUCUUCUCCCCGAGCUGGUCGUCUCCAUAGUGCUGCUGCUCAGUAAGAGUGCCGGACUGAUGCAAGAGGCGGGAGCCAUUCCUCUGUUGGCUGGAUUGUUGGAGCAUCUUGAUAGGUUUAACCACUUGGCCCCCGGCAAAGACAGAGACGAUAACGAGGAUUUAGCGUGGCCUGGAAUAAUGGGAUCCUUUUUCACAGGACAAAACUGUAGAAAUAAUGAAGAAGUGACCCUUAUCCGCAAAGCGGACCUCGAGAACCAUAAUAAAGACGGAGGAUUCUGGACAGUGAUUGAUGGGAAAGUGUAUGACAUCAAAGAUUUUCAGACACAGUCUCUGACGGGGAAUAGUAUUCUUGCUCAAUUUGCAGGCGAGGAUCCGGUCGUUGCCUUGGAAGCGGCUUUACAGUUUGAGGACACAAGAGAAUCUAUGCAUGCCUUCUGUGUUGGCCAGUACAUGGAGCCUGACCAAGAAGUGAUAACUACUCCAGACCUCGGCAGCCUCUCUUCUCCUCUCAUGGAUCCCGAAAGAAAUCUGGGGCUGCUUCUUGGCCUGCAUGCCUCCUACCUGGCCCUGAGUACACCAUUAUCUCCUGUGGAGGUUGAAUGUGCCAAGUGGCUUAAGUCGUCUAUAUUCUCUGGAGGUUUGCAGACCAGUCAGAUACAUUAUAGUUACAAUGAAGAGAAAGAUGAAGACCACUGCAGUUCUCCUGGUAAUACCGCUGCCAGUAAAUCCAAACUCUAUUCCCAAAGAUUGACGUGGAGUGACCAUUCCCAGCCCUUUCUGCAAGCCAUCGCCGACAACAAUAUUCAGGAUCACACUGUGAAGGACUUUCUGUGUCAGAUAGAAAGAUACUGUAAGCAGUGCCAUUUGACCACCCCGAUAACCUUUCCUCCCGAACACCCUGUGGAAGAAGUAGGCCGCCUGCUGUUAUGUUGUCUUCUAAAACACGAGGAUUUAGGACACGUAGUGUUGUCUUUAGUCCAUCCCGGCACCCUUGGAGUUGAACAAGUCAAGCACAGGACGUUACCCAAGUCUGUCGUGGAAGUGUGUCGGGUUGUCUACCAAGCAAAAUGCUCUCUAAUUAAGACCCACCAGGAACAGGGCCGUUCGUACAAAGAGGUGUGUGCUCCUGUCAUCGAACGUUUGCGCUUCCUUUUUAAUGAACUGCGCCCUGCAGUCUGCAAUGACCUCUCGAUUAUGUCCAAGCUAAAACUCCUCAGCUCUUUGCCUCGCUGGAGGAGGAUGGCCCAGAAGAUCAUCCGGGAAAGGAGGAAAACAAGAGUGCCCAAAAAGUCAGAAUCUGCUGAUGUGGAAGAAUCUAAAAUUGGAAAUGAAGAGGGAGACUUAGAAGAGCCGUGCCUUCUAUCCCACAGCCCUGUUUCGGUUGAGAAAAGACCCUUACCACUUAAAUCACCAAAGGACAAGUGGCAGCCACUGCUGAGCACAGUUACCGGUGUACAUAAAUAUAAGUGGUUGAAACAGAAUGUUCAAGGCUUAUAUCCUCAGUCUGCACUCCUCAAUACCAUCGUAGAAUUUGCACUUAAGGAAGAGCCAGUGGACGUAGAGAAGAUGAGAAAGUGUUUAUUAAAGCAGUUGGAGAGAGCUGAAGUUCGUCUGGAAGGGAUAGAUACAAUUUUGAAGCUGGCGACUAAAAACUUUUUGCUUCCAUCUGUGCAGUACGCAAUGUUUUGUGGAUGGCAACGACUUAUCCCCGAAGGAACCCAUAUAGGGGAGCCGCUCACAGACUGUUUAAAGGAUGUUGAUCUGAUCCCACCCUUUAAUCGCAUGCUGCUGGAAGUUACAUUUGGGAAGUUGUCUGCCUGGGCUGUUCAGAAUAUUCGGAAUGUUUUAUUGGACGCAAAUGCCAGAUUUAAAGAACUGGGUAUCCAGCCCGUUCCUCUGCAAACUAUAACCAAUGAGAAUCCAGCCGGACCGAGCCUGGGGACCAUUCCCCAGGCUCGAUUUCUUUUGGUCAUGCUCAGUAUGCUGACCCUCCAGCACGGCGCCAAUACCUUGACCUUGCUCCUGAACUCUGGAAUGUUAGCGCUGACUCAGACCACUCUGCGACUAAUAGGUCCCAGUUCCGACAACAUCGAAGACGACAUGAACGGCUCGGUCCGAGGAGCUUCGGCUACGGUUUUGGAGGAAUCGAGGAAGGAAACCGCUCCAGUGCAGCUCCCGGUUUCUGGGCCCGAGUUGGCAUCCAUGAUGAAGAUUGGAACCAGAGUCAUGAGAGGGGUAGACUGGAAAUGGGGAGAUCAGGAUGGCCCCCCUCCCGGUUUAGGGCGGGUGAUCGGCGAACUGGGAGAGGAUGGCUGGAUCCGGGUCCAGUGGGACACAGGCAGCACCAAUUCCUACAGAAUGGGCAAAGAGGGCAAGUACGAUCUCAAACUGGCCGAGCCUCCCCCUGCGGCUCAGCCCUCUGCCGAAGACUCGGAUACAGAGGAUGAUUCCGAAGGGGAACACGUGGAUGGGAACCUCCACCCUACAUCCAUGAUGCUCACCAGCACCGUUAACCUGCUUCAGACUCUGUGUCUCUCCUCUGGAGUCCAUGCCGAAGUCAUGCAGAGCGAAGCCACGAGGACGCUGUGCGGCUUGCUCCGGAUGUUGGUGGAAAGCGGCACGGUAGAUAAGUCAUGUUCUUCGCCCAGUAAGUUGGUGUUCAGAGAGCAGCACCGCAGCUGGUGUACUCUCGGCUUCAUCCGCAGUAUUGCCCUCAUGCCUCAGAUGUGCAGCACGCUGAGCACCUCUCAGUGGAUCACGCUCCUGAUGAAGAUCGUGGAGGGACACGAGUCGUUUACGGCGGGGUCCCUUCAGAGACAGAUUUUAGCUGUCCAUUUACUGCAAGCUGUUCUACCCUCCUGGGACAAAAUAGAAAGAUCCAGGGAUAUGAAAUUCCUGGUGGAAAAACUUUUUGGCUUCUUGGGCAGCCUGUUAAGCACCUGUUCUUCAGAUGUCCCACUACUCAGAGAAUCGACUCUGAGGAGGAGGAAGGCCCGGCCCCAAGCAUCUCUGACGGCAACUCACAGUAGUACAUUGGCAGAAGAAAUAGUGGCCCUGCUGAGGACGCUGCAUUCCCUGACUCAGUGGAAUGGGCUCAUAAACAAGUACAUCAACUCUCAACUCAACUCCAUCACCUCCAUCUUUACAGGAAAACAAUCGGAAGGGGCCGUGUUGGAAGACUACUUUCCUGACUCAGAGAGCCCGGAGGUUGCUGGCCUAAUGGCAGUCCUGGCUGUCAUUGGGGGAAUAGAUAGUCGCUUGAGGCUGGGUGGCCAAGUGGUGCAUGAUGAGUUUGGAGAAGGCACGGUGACGCGCAUCACCCCGAAAGGCAAAAUCACCGUCCAGUUCUAUGACAUGAGAACAUGUAGAGUUUGCCCUUUGAAUCAACUCAAACCGCUCCCAGUUGUGGCAUUUAACGUGAACAACUUGCCUUUCACGGAGCCCAUGCUGUCGGUCUGGGCCCAGCUCGUAAACCUGGCAGGAAGCAAAUUGGAGAAGCACAAAGUUAAGAAGUCUUCUAAUCAGGGCCUUACAGGACAAGUAGACUUGGAUCUGCUCAGGUGCCAGCAGUUAAAACUGUAUAUCUUGAAAGCAGGCCGAGCGUUGCUUUCACACCAGGAUAGGCUGAGACAGAUCUUGUCGCAACCUGCCGUUCCCGAGAGUGGAUCUAACCCUGCAGAAGAGGGAGCGGCAGCUUCCCCGGAUAUUGGAGACAUGUCUCCCGAAGGCCCGCAGCCUCCGAUGAUUCUCUUGCAGCAGCUCCUGACAUCUGCUACACAGCCGUCUCCAGUGAAGGCCAUAUUUGACAAACAGGAACUUGAGGCCGCUGCCCUGGCGGUGUGCCAGUGUUUAGCCGUGGAAUCCACACACCCGUCCACUCCGGGGUUUGAAGACUGCAGUUCCAGCGAGGCCACGACUCCUGUGCCAGUGCAGCACGUUCAGCCUGCCAAAGUGAAGAAACGCAAAUCGUCCCCCAUUCCGGCCCUGCCCAUCGUGAUUCAGCUCAUGGAAAUGGGAUUCCCGCGGAAAAAUAUCGAGUUUGCCCUGAAGUCUCUAACUGGAACUUUUGGGAAUGCUUCUGGACUACCAGGAGUGGAGGCUUUGGUCGGCUGGCUGCUGGAUCACCCUGACGUCCAAAUUACCGAUCACUCAGAUGCAGACACGGUCUCCGAUGAGUACUCGGAUGAAGAAACGGUAGAAGAUGUGGAAGAAGUGGAGGCCUCGUACCCUGUACCCGGUGGUGCGGUCGUGACCGAGAGCCAAACCUAUAAAAAGAGGGCUGAUUUCUUAAGCAAUGACGACUAUGCAGUGUACGUGAGAGAGAACGUGCAGGUGGGAAUGAUGGUUAGGUGCUGCAGGACCUACGAAGAGGUGUGUGAGGGAGAUGUGGGCAAAGUCAUUAAACUGGACCGAGAUGGGCUCCACGACCUGAACGUGCAGUGCGACUGGCAACAGAAGGGCGGAACUUACUGGGUCCGAUACAUUCACGUUGAGCUGAUAGGUUUCCCACCGCAGAGUUCUCCUUCCCACAUCAAGAUCGGGGACAAAGUCCGGGUGAAGACCUCAGUGACCACACCCAAAUACAAGUGGGGAUCUGUAACCCACAGGAGCGUGGGGGUCGUCAAAGCUUUUAGCGCCAAUGGAAAAGACGUCAUCGUGGACUUUCCUCAGCAGUCUCACUGGACGGGACUGUUGUCUGAAAUGGAGCUGGUGCCGAGUAUCCAUCCCGGGGUCACAUGUGAUGGCUGUCAGAUGUUUCCUAUUAACGGACCUCGAUUCAAAUGCAGAAACUGUGAUGAUUUUGACUUUUGCGAAACCUGCUUCAAAACCAGGAAGCAUAACACAAGGCAUACUUUUGGCAGAAUAAAUGAACCAGGGCAGACAGUGGUGUCCUGUGGCCGUUCUGGGAAACAGCUGAAACGAUGCCACAGUAGCCAGCCGGGCAUGCUCCUCGACAACUGGUCCCGAAUCGUGAAGAACCUCAGCGUGUCCUCGUCCGUGAAUCAGGCGUCUCGUUUAAUCGACGGCACCGAACCUUGCUGGCAGUCAUCUGGGUCACAGGGCAAGCAUUGGAUUCGUUUGGAGAUUUUUCCUGAUGUCCUAGUUCACCGACUGAAAAUGAUAGUGGAUCCCGCCGACAGCAGCUACAUGCCUUCCCUGAUUGUCGUUUCAGGUGGGAAUUCCCUAAAUAACCUAAUUGAACUAAAGACCAUCAAUAUCAACCCCACUGACACUACAGUGCCUCUUCUCAGCGACUGCAUGGAGUAUCACAGGUAUAUUGAAGUUGCCAUAAAGCAGUGCAGGAGCUCAGGGAUCGAUUGCAAAAUCCACGGUCUUAUUAUCUUGGGGCGGAUCCGGGCGGAGGAUGAAGAUCUGGCUGCUGUUCCUUUUCUAGCUUCUGACAACGAAGAGGAAGACGACGAAAAGGCUAACGCUGGGAGCCUUAUCAGGAAGAAAGCAUCAGGACUGGAAUCCGCAGCUACAAUAAGAACUAAAGUGUUUGUGUGGGGUCUGAAUGACAAGGAUCAACUGGGAGGACUGAAAGGUUCCAAGAUAAAGGUUCCUUCAUUCUCCGAGACCCUGUCAGCCUUGAAUGUGGUGCAAGUGGCUGGUGGCUCCAAGAGUUUAUUUGCAGUGACUGUGGAGGGCAAGGUUUAUGCCUGUGGAGAAGCUACCAACGGAAGGUUGGGGUUAGGCAUUUCCAGCGGGACGGUGCCUCUUCCGCGGCAGAUCACGGCGCUCAGCAAUUACGUGGUGAAAAAGGUGGCUGUUCACUCAGGUGGUCGACAUGCUAUGGCGUUGACCGUUGACGGGAAAGUGUUUUCAUGGGGCGAAGGUGAUGAUGGAAAACUUGGACACUUCAGCAGAAUGAACUGCGAUAAGCCAAGACUGAUAGAGGCAUUGAAAACCAAACGUAUCCGUGAUAUAGCCUGUGGGAGCUCUCACAGUGCAGCCAUUACAUCAAGCGGUGAAUUGUACACCUGGGGCCUGGGAGAAUAUGGUCGCUUGGGCCACGGGGACAACACGACACAACUGAAACCCAAAAUGGUCAAAGUACUUCUUGGCCACAGGGUUAUUCAGGUCGCCUGCGGAAGUCGAGAUGCCCAGACUCUGGCCCUGACAGAUGAAGGUUUGGUGUUCUCUUGGGGAGACGGUGACUUUGGCAAGCUGGGCCGGGGAGGAAGCGAAGGGUGUAACGUGCCCCAGAACAUCGAGAGACUUAAUGGACAGGGGGUGUGUCAGAUUGAGUGUGGGGCUCAGUUUUCCCUGGCUCUAACCAAGUCCGGAGUGGUGUGGACCUGGGGCAAAGGGGAUUACUUCAGACUGGGCCACGGCACUGACGUCCACGUCCGGAAGCCUCAGGUGGUGGAAGGGCUGAGGGGGAAGAAGAUAGUGCACGUGGCAGUAGGUGCCCUCCACUGCUUAGCGGUCACGGACACGGGGCAGGUGUACGCUUGGGGUGACAACGACCACGGCCAACAAGGCAACGGGACCACAACGGUCAACAGGAAGCCCACACUCGUGCAAGGCUUGGAAGGCCAGAAGAUCACCCGCGUCGCCUGCGGCUCGUCCCACAGCGUGGCGUGGACGACCGUGGAUGUCGCGGCUCCGUCUGCCCAUGAGCCGGUUCUCUUCCAAACAGCCCGGGACCCUUUAGGUGCUUCCUAUUUAGGUGUUUCUUCCGAUGUAGAUCCUUCUGCUGUCAGUAAUAAAAUCAGUGGUUUAGGCAGCUCCAAGCCCAAUCGCCCUUCUCUGGCCAAGAUUCUUUUGUCAUUAGAUGGAAACCUUGCUAAACAACAGGCCUUAUCUCACGUCCUCACUGCCUUGCAAAUCAUGUAUGCCAGAGAUGCAGUGGUUGGAGCCCUAAUGCCUGCCAGCAUGAUCGCCCCAAUAGAAUGCUCCUCUUCUUCGUCCCCCGCCCCACCCUCUGACGGCUCGCUUUUGGGAAGUCCCCUGAACGCAGAGGAGUGCGGGGGAGCCACCGACGUAGAAGACAGAUUAAGCCCAAACCCGUGGCAGGAUCGGAGAGGAGAGGCGGCUUCUUCCGAAGACGCUGUGACUCCGUCGGCACUGACUCCGUCAGCUGCUUCCGCCUCUUCUCGACCUUUCAUCCCCGUCACCGAUGAUCCCGGAGCUGCCAGUAUUAUUGCGGAGACGAUGACCAAGACCAAAGAUGUUGAAAGCCAAAGCAAAGCGUCGGGCCCGGAGCCCCAGGACCUGGAUGAAUUCACAAGCUUGCUGGUGCCAGAUGAUACUCGGGUCAUGGUUGACUUGCUGAAGCUGGCUGUGUCCGGCAGGGCUGGCGACAAGGGAAAGGAAGUCCUUUCCGCGGUGCUGUCUGGCAUGGGCACGGCCUACCCCCAGGUGGCUGACAUGUUACUGGAGCUGUGUGUAACAGAAUUAGAAGACGUAGCUACCGAUUCUCAAAGUGGCCGCCUGUCCUCUCAGCCAGUAGUUGUUGAAAGCAGCCAUCCUUAUACUGACGACACGUCCACCAGUGGCACUGUUAAGAUACCAGGUGCAGAAGGGCUCCGAGUGGAAUUCGAUCGUCAGUGUUCUACGGAGCGGCGUCACGAUCCCCUCACUGUAAUGGAUGGCGUUAACAGGAUCGUCUCAGUGCGAUCGGGUCGUGAAUGGUCCGACUGGUCCAGCGAGUUGCGGAUUCCAGGAGACGAAUUAAAGUGGAAGUUCAUUAGUGACGGGUCCGUGAAUGGAUGGGGCUGGCGCUUCACUGUCUACCCGAUUAUGCCAGCUGCAGGCCCCAAAGAUCUCCUUUCAGAUCGCUGCAUCCUCUCCUGCCCAUCGAUGGACUUGGUAACGUGUCUGUUGGACUUCCGCUUGAAUUUGGCUUCCAACCGGAGCAUAGUUCCUCGGCUGGCAGCAUCUCUGGCGGCAUGUGCUCAACUCAGUGCCCUGGCUGCUGGCCACAGAAUGUGGGCACUUCAGAGACUGAGGAAGCUACUUACUACAGAAUUUGGACAAUCUAUCAACAUACACAGAAUUCUUGGAGAUAAUGAUGGAGAAACUCGACCUAUGAGUUUCACAGGCAGCGCUCUAGCCGCUCUGGUGAAAGGCCUCCCGGAAGCUUUGCAGAGACAGUUCGACUACGAAGACCCCAUCGUGAGGGGUGGCAAGCAGCUACUCCACAGCCCUUUCUUCAAGGUGCUGGUAGCUCUGGCCUGUGACUUGGAAUUGGAUACUCUUCCCUGUUGUGCGGAAACCCACAAGUGGGCUUGGUUUAGAAGAUACUGUAUGGCCUCCAGAGUGGCUGUAGCCCUGGAUAAACGAACUCCAUUGCCCCGCCUGUUCCUCGAUGAGGUGUCCAAGAAAAUCCGAGAGUUAAUGGCAGACAGUGAAUCUAUGGAUGUCCUCCACGAGAGCCACGACAUGUUUAAGAGAGAACAAGAUGAGCAGCUGGUCCAGUGGAUGAACAGACGGCCAGACGACUGGACCCUCUCCGCCGGAGGCAGCGGGACGAUUUACGGUUGGGGUCACAAUCACCGAGGUCAGCUUGGGGGCAUCGAAGGGGCGAAGGUCAAAGUUCCGACGCCAUGUGAAGCUCUUGCCACUCUUCGACCAGUGCAGUUAAUUGGAGGAGAGCAGACUCUGUUUGCGGUGACUGCUGACGGGAAGCUGUACGCCACUGGGUACGGAGCUGGAGGCAGACUGGGGAUUGGAGGCACCGAGUCAGUUUCCACUCCAACAUUGCUGGAGUCCAUUCAGCAUGUCUUUGUGAAGAAAGUAGCUGUCAACUCCGGAGGGAAGCACUGCCUGGCACUGUCCUCAGAAGGCGAAGUCUAUUCGUGGGGAGAGGCUGAAGAUGGCAAGCUGGGGCAUGGCAACAGAAGCCCCUGUGAUCGCCCGCGGGUAGUUGAGUCCUUGCGAGGAAUAGAAGUGGUGGACAUCGCUGCUGGAGGAGCGCACAGCGCGUGCAUCACCGUCGCGGGAGAUCUUUAUUCCUGGGGCAAGGGAAGAUACGGUCGUCUGGGCCAUGGGGACAGUGAGGAUCAGCUCAAACCCAAGCUCGUGGAAGCCCUGCAGGGCUAUCGGGUGAUUGACAUAGCCUGUGGCAGUGGAGAUGCCCAGACCCUGUGCCUCACAGACGAUGACACUGUCUGGUCUUGGGGUGACGGUGAUUACGGAAAACUCGGUCGCGGGGGCAGCGAUGGCUGCAAAGUGCCAAUGAAGAUUGAUUCCCUUACGGGCCUUGGAGUGGUGAAAGUGGAAUGCGGUUCCCAGUUCUCUGUGGCUCUGACCAAAUCUGGAGCAGUUUACACUUGGGGCAAAGGUGAUUACCAUCGCCUGGGCCAUGGAUCAGAUGACCACGUUAGACGACCUCGGCAGGUUCAAGGGCUGCAAGGAAAGAAAGUCAUCGCGAUUGCUACUGGCUCCCUGCAUUGUGUCUGCUGCACUGAAGAUGGGGAAGUUUACACGUGGGGCGAUAACGACGAGGGACAGCUCGGAGAUGGGACCACCAAUGCCAUCCAGAGACCCCGCCUGGUGGCGGCCCUCCAGGGCAAGAAGAUCAACAGGGUGGCCUGCGGCUCAGCCCACACCUUGGCGUGGUCCACCAGUAAACCCGCCAAUGCUGGCAAACUCCCCACCCAAGUUCCCAUGGAGUACAAUCAUCUACCAGAAAUCCCAAUCAUCGCACUGCGCAAUAGACUGCUUUUACUGCAUCACAUCUCUGAAGUUUUUUGUCCCUGCAUCCCCAUGUUUGACCUCGAAGGGCGCCUUGACGAAACCGGCCAGGGGCCUUCUGUUGGGUUUGACACUUUACGGGGAAUUCUGAUAUCCCAAGGAAAGGAGGCAGCUUUCCGCAAAGUCGUUCAGGCCACCAUGGUGAGAGAUCGUCAGCAUGGGCCGGUAGUGGAGCUGAACCGAAUACAGGUAAAGCGUUCAAGAAGUAAAGGAGGCUUGGCUGGUCCUGAUGGGACGAAGUCUGUCUUUGGCCAGAUGUGUGCUAAAAUGAGUUCAUUCAGCCCAGACAGUCUUCUCCUCCCUCACCGUGUGUGGAAAGUCAAGUUUGUUGGGGAAUCUGUGGAUGACUGUGGGGGUGGUUACAGCGAGUCAAUAGCAGAAAUGUGUGAAGAACUCCAGAACGGGCUAACCCCACUUCUCAUCGUGACUCCCAACGGAAGAGACGAAUCUGGAGCCAAUAGAGACUGCUUCCUGCUGAAUCCAGCCGCCAGGUCGACCCUGCACACCAAUAUGUUCCGUUUCCUGGGAGUGCUACUGGGCGUCGCUAUCCGAACAGGCAGCCCACUCAGCCUCAGCCUGGCAGAACCGGUUUGGAAGCAGCUUGCGGGGCUGAAUCUCACCAUUGCUGAUCUUAGUGAGGUUGAUAAAGACUUCAUCCCCGGGCUCAUGUACAUUCGUGACAACGAAGCCACCGCCGAGGAGUUUGAAGCCAUGAGUCUACCCUUCACUGUGCCGAGUGCCAGUGGCCAGGAUAUCCAGCUGAGCUCCAAACACACCCACAUCACCUUGGAGAGCCGGGCUGAAUACGUCCGCCUGGCGAUGAAUUACCGGCUUCACGAGUUUGACGAGCAAGUGGCCGCCGUGCGGGAAGGGAUGGCCCGGGUGGCUCCAGUCCCUCUCCUUUCCCUGUUCACUGGCUACGAACUGGAAACGAUGGUGUGCGGAAGCCCCGAUAUCCCACUUCACCUUCUGAAAUCUGUGGCCACCUACAAGGGUAUCGAGCCCACAGCCUCUCUGAUCCAGUGGUUCUGGGACGUGAUGGAAUCCUUCUCCAACACCGAACGCUCCCUCUUCCUGCGCUUCGUGUGGGGCCGGACUCGACUCCCCCGGACGAUUGCUGACUUCAGAGGCAGAGACUUCGUUAUUCAGGUUUUGGACAAGUACAACCCUCCCGACCACUUUCUUCCCGAGUCGUACACGUGCUUCUUCCUGCUGAAGCUGCCCAGGUACUCCUGUAAGCAAGUGCUUGAGGAGAAACUGAAAUAUGCCAUUCACUUUUGUAAGUCCAUAGACACCGACGAUUAUGCCCGAAUAGCGCUCACGGGAGAACCCGCGGCUGACGACAGCAGCGACGACUCGGAUAACGAAGACGCGGAUUCGUUUGCUUCGGAUUCGACUCAGGACUAUCUAACGGGACACUGAAGACACCCUUGGGCGCGCGCUUCCUCUUCCACCCCCCCGACACACUCCCACACUCGUACACAUACAUAUACAAGGCCCUGGUGAUGCCGCUCAGUUCCAAGACUGUUUGGAGAGAAGCGGCUGAGCUGAUGUUCCAAGAGAUAUUAGUUUUCUGACCAUGGGGGAGGGCCAGAGGCGUGUCGGUAAUAAAACGACGACUUAUAACCCCAAACUCUGCUGUGUUUGGACACUUUACAUUCGUUUUGAGACCCAAGGGCCCCUCCCCACAGUGCUGCAUUGCAUUUAGACUUUUCAUGUUUGCUCAAGUGCUGUAAAUGUUUCGAUAAGUAAGACAGUGCAGCGUCCAGAAAAUAAGCCAGUGGAACCUUUUCGAUCGUGGGUGCGAUUGAUUUUUCUUUUUUCCCUCACGUGGUGUUCUGUGCCUCUCCUUGAUUGUAUAUUGGAAAUACUGUGCAACGAUUGAAGAGUAUUAUAAAUAUUUUAAUUAACUCUAUUAGCAGUUUGUUUAUGAAAACUUUCUGAAUCUUAAAUUAUCCAUCUUUCCUGAAAUUAGCGGAAAGCCUCAUCCGGUUCCCAGUCCUUUCCCCGUGUGGAUUUUUUUUUUUCCAGUUCAUGCAUUCUGGGUCUUCCGUGGCUACCUUUCUGGGACGAGCACCUGACUCCUAUCGUGGAAAGUGUAUUGUAUCAAAUUAAUCUGUGCCAUGUAUAUGCAGAAAAAUAUCAUUCCCCCCUCUGAAUAAACCUGUGUCGUUUCCCCCCGUCGCCCCCAA